ACACUUAGAGGUGACGAAAAAAAUUAGCGCAAAGUUGAGAAGAUAUAAUUUAAAAAAAAAAAAAAAAAAAAAGAAGCAAUCCUUUAAAGCAACGAAAGAGGAAUAACAACAAAAUUGCGAAGAGGCAAAAUUGCAAAGUAACAGUUACGAAGUGACAAUUGCAAAGCGACUAUUGCAAAGUGACAGUUGCGAAGUGACGUUUGCCAACGCGUGACCAUCCCUUUUGCGAACCAACAAAUAAAAACGUAGAGGAAGAAAAUGCCGAAGAGUUACAGGAAUUACUCCAAAACGGCUAGGAACCCAAAGCGUCCCUUUGAAAAGGAACGUUUAGACCAAGAGUUGAAGCUCAUCGGUGAAUACGGGCUUAAGAACAAGAGGGAAAUAUGGAGAGUGCAGUACUUGCUAGCCAAAAUCCGAUCAGCUGCCAGGUACCUGUUAACCCUAGACGAAAAAAGCUCCAAGAGAAUAUUCCAAGGAGAGGCCCUACUAAGAAGAAUGGUGCGUCAAGGAUUACUGGGGGAAAAUGAAGAAAAGUUAGAUUAUGUCUUAGGGUUGACUUUACCAAAAUUGUUGGAGCGAAGAUUGCAGACGAAGGUUUUUAAAUUAGGGUUAGCCAAAUCUGUGCAUCAUGCAAGAGUACUAAUACGACAGAGACAUAUCCGUGUGGGAAAACAGAUGGUAGAUAUUCCCUCCUUCUUAGUUCGUGUGGAUUCGGAGAAGCACAUUGACUUCUCCACCACGUCUCCCUUUGGAGGUUCCAGACCAGGAAGGGUCAAGAGAAAGACUUUGAAAAACCAAAAGGAGAAGAACGAAGAGGAAAAUAGCUGAUCGUUAUGAGUGCGUCACCCUGUGUUCCACCAGCGAUCAUUACGCAUGUGCGGGGGGGGGGGAUUAUACAAGAAGGAAAAACAGCCCAUUGGCAGUAACGAAGACGCACUCCCCUUUUUUUUUUAUUUUACCCAAUUAUUAAUGCUAACCGUAUAGUGUGAACAAAUUAGCAAGUGUGCAUAAAUAGCC